AUGUCGGAGCAAGUUGAAGAUUCAUCGGAGUAUUUGGAGGAGUCGGAGUCCGAGGAGGGCGGCUCCUCCGAGGUGGAUGGGAGCGAUGAUGACGUCGACUCAGAACCGGAUGAAGAGGAGGCAGAAGUCAUGAGGAAGUGGAUGCAGGUCAACGACAAGACCUUCGAGGAGAUGGAGCUACCACCCAAAGUGGUGACAGCCACCCAGAGGGCGUGGAAUGGUUUCGUGUCCGUCUUUGAGAAGCGCGAGACUGCGGCCGACGCACUCUACGGGGCCUUCUUCGAUGCCGCCCCGAAUCUGCAGGGCAUGUUUCGGGCACCACGAGCCGCAAUGGGCUUGCGGAUUCUAGCCGGCAUGGAAACCUUCAUCAUCAACGCAGGGAACCCCCCGGGCUUGCGGAAAGAGGUGGAGGCCAUUGCCUUCAACCAUCUGGACUUGGACGUCACGGGCCCUCGGGUAGAAUUGUUCCGGGAGUCCACCCUCGAAGUCUUCGAUCUGGAGCUGGGUGCGCUGUUCGGCACGCGUGCGCGCCUCGGCCUCUCUGCAGUGAUGACAUACGCCGGAGGGGCCUACAUCCACUGCAGGAGAGAGUAUGCAGCUCGCAUUCGCCUGCUUCAGAGGAGUUGGAACACAGCCGCCAAGAAGGGGGCCGACGUAGGGGAGGUAGAGGACCUGGAUAGCAAGUCAGAUGAAUCCGAGGAGGAGGAAGAAGUGCCUCAAGAAACCGAAGCUGCGAAUGAGGUGGCCAAGACCCAAGAAGGGCAGGAGGGAGUGACGAAAGCAUCGGCGUUGAAGGUGCCCACCACCUUCGAUGAGAUGUUCCUCUUCAACGCGGCGGUCAUGGGCUAUGCAAACAGCAACUGGAUGAAGUUCAUCCUGGAGUACUUCGACCCAAUUGUGACGAACGUAGCCAACUCCUACCGCCUGCAGGAGGAGUGCGACGUGCUGUCGCUGAACCUGGCCAAGUGCAAAGGCGAGAUCAACUUGCCAGAAUUCAAGGCCGUCAUGCUCGCGUCCCUGAGGUCCCUGGUGCCCAAAGAUUGGAAUUCGCAACACGAAGUUGCUUGGAACUGGCUCUGGGAGAACGUCGAAAGGCUUCUGCGAGCCCAGCUCGGACGGCCUCGCACACAGCAGAAGGCCAUCGAGCGGUUCCUGAUCAACCUCUCCCAGGAGUCCCUCACGGGCUACUGCCGCGACGUCUACAAGCGAUUCUUCCAGCUGGCCCCGUCGGGCCAGGACUUCUUCAAGCAGUCCACCACGCGGCUCUUCUUCAUCGCCGAGAAGAUCGUGGAGAUGACCGUGGAGAUGUACCGAACUCCCAAGAAGAUGGUGGAGGAGCUCUCGGGCCUGGGCUUGCGGCACGUGGGCUACGGCGUCCCCACGGAGCUCUUCUCCCCGUACGUCUCCGCGUCCGUCGAGGUGAUCCGCACGAUGACCACCGACGAGACGACCGAGACAGCGUUCCGGUGGUCGCUGACACUGAUUGCCAAGAUCAUGGUUCGGACAUUGGUGGAAGGAUCGACAGUUGUCAUGCAGGCGAUCAAUACCAAUGUCGAGAAGAACCUGAGACGAGCAAUUUCAGUAGCACCCCGUGGCAAGAGGGCCAUGGAGCUGUUGAAGAUCACAGUGGGCACACAGUCCAUUUCUCCACUCUAUUGGGCCAUUGAGUCGGGUAGCCUGAUCUGUGCGCAGGCAAUGCUGGAGGAUUUGUUGACGAUCAGGGCCGACCGGGAUAACUACUACUAUGGAGCGGAUGCCUUGUUUACACGGCACCCCGAGGUGAUCAAAAAGCUGGCUUCCAGUGCCCCUUCGCUUUUGGACUGUCUGCUCGACGGACUAAUCUGGCGGUCUCGGGUAAUCGUCAACGGCACGCGACGGGUGAACUGCUACCUCAAGCACUUGGUACAGGAUGGAGAUGGAAAGCCGCAUCAGGCACUCCAGUGGCUAGUGGAAUAUGGCAACCCUAUCACCAUCAGCAUGUUUACCGUGGUGCUGGUAGCUGACCUAAUGUGGACCCGCUUGGUGGCCUACCAGUUCCUAAUUGGCAGGUGCUACUUCCUUUUUACUCUCUGUGUCGCAGUGACCAGCCAGUCCUUUCUGUCAUUGGGCCCCGGCGAACAGGAAACGUACGAGAGAAAUAUAGUAAUCUUUGCUUGUCGCAUCUUCAUCUACUGCGGCAGCAUGUGCAAGAUCCUGUACAAUCAGCUGAAGCUCUUGCAAACGGACUGCAGAAAUCAUGCCUUUGAUCGCAGAUGUUGUAUACCAAUUCCACAGUUCCUCUUCAGCUUGAAGGAAGCUGGCAACUUUGUGCUGCUAUGGAUCCUGCUUGGCAUGUGCAUUCAGGAGCCGUUGUGGUGGUGCGCGCAGUUCACCAGCACCGACGAGUACCUUAUCUUUACGACACACUGCGCUGCUGGGUCUGGAUCCAGCGCGGGGCGAAGGCUGUAUUCAGCCUUCUCCUGCAUCGCGAUUCUGCUAUACUGGACCUUGGUGCUUGACUUUACCAUCUUCUCCAUGCAUAUAUCCGCUUAUGUGCUGGUCUUUGGCAGAGUUUUGUCCGAGGUGUUCCUCUUCGUUAUGGCCCUCAUAUUCAUGAUCAUUGCUUUCGCCAGCGCCGUCAGUGCGAUCGAGCAUGAGAUCGACGAGUUCUCCGGGAUCAGCACGUGGCUCAUCUCGCUGACGCAGAUGGCUUUGGGAAUGUUCCCACAUGACAACUACGAGCAGAUGAAAGCCGAGGCCGGCAUCCUCAUGGUGAUCAGCGUCUUCAUUCUCAUGGUGUCCAUCAUUCUCGUCAACCUCCUUGUCGCCCAGUUGAACCAGGCCUACCAGCAUGUCUACACCGACAUGCAAGGCUAUGCUCGCCUGAACCGUGCAUCCGUUAUCGUGAGCACUCUGGAGCAGAUCUCCAUGAAGCGAUGGGCACGAUUCCUGGAAGGCCUAAAGCUGAACGACCGCCUCGAGUUCAACGAGGGCGACGUGGGCUUGCCCGGGGGCGUGCAGAUUGUGGAGCCCGCCUCUGCGCACAUCGUCACCGUGGAUUCCAUCCGCCGCUUCGGGGGCUCCAGCGCGACGACCAUGCCGUGGCCGGAGGAGGAUGACUCCAUGGAAGACAGGUUCGACCGCUUGGAGAAGCUGUUCAUGAGCACGGCAAAGAAGAUGGGGGGCAAGAGGCGCAGGAAGAAAGAUAAUGGCUCGAGCUUGCUGUCUGGCCUGUCUGGUGCGAACUCGGGCGGGAGUGACGAUAGUGGUGGCAGUGACGGAAGUUGA